UUUGGAGGUGUGUCCUCUUCAGGAGAAAUGCUCUGAGUAGCUGCAUGGAAUGGCUGGACGAUUUGUUUCUAUGGGCUGUGCAGAGAGAGAUGCGUGGUCGCCUGCAGAGCCAAGAUUCCAGAUCAGCGCAAUGAGUAAACCCACCCCCACCAACUUUUACCGUGAGAUUAGGAGGGUGGUGAAGGAAGAGGGCAAGGAGUCUGCACUUGGCAUGAGCUGCCCAUGAAGGUUAAAAACAGCACGAGACAGGCGUGCUCGUUCCAGCCUUCCACGCUUGAAAAGGACGAGAGGGCCUUCAGCCAGGGUAGGAUGGGAAGGGUUUGUUUCUGAUUUCAAGCAAUAGCUUUGGCCAGCUCUUGAGGUGAAGAUGGAGGGAAGUAAGAAUGUGAGAACAGAUGUUUCAGAAGAACUUCCCCAUGAAAGCAUGAGGACUUCACAGAUCUGUGAGGACUCCCGGUGGGUUGAGAAGAGAUGGCAAGGAGGAAGAAUCCGGCUCCUUUGCGCCCUGCUGCUCGGCACCAUCCUUGGGCUUGUGCUGCUCAUUGUCUUCAUCACCAUUCCAUAUCGCCUUGAAACCUGCAAUACUGCAACAUGCCUUCUGCUUCUGGAGAGGUUGUUGAAGGCCCACAAUGGCACUGUAGAUCCUUGUGAGGAUUUCUUCAGUUACACUUGUGGCAACUGGGAAGCAAACCACACCUGGGGAAGGAACAUGCAACUGGUGAAUGUCUUUGAUGUACUCUUGGAAGAAAACCUGCUGAUCAUGAAGAGGAUCUUAGAGGAACCACAGCUUGGGGUUAAAAGCUCAGCAAACGAAAAAGCGGUGCGGUUUUACAGCUCUUGCAUGAACACAGAACAGAUUGAUGCUGAAGGUGCUCAGCCUUUGAAGGAGCUUGUGAAUGAGGUUGGUGGCUGGAACAUCACAGGCCCCUGGAAAGAGACAGAUUUUAACCAGACUCUUCAGAUACUCAUGGAAAAGUACAAUACCUUUCCUUUCUUCAAAGCUUAUGUGGGACCCAUUUUCUCUGAUCCAAGCACCAAUAUUAUCCAGAUUGACCAUCCGGAGUUUGAGUUGCCACUGGAAGCUAACUUCAGGAAACCAGUAACUUAUCCUGAGGUCCUGCGUUCCUAUUAUUUGUACCUCCUGAAGCUAGGAAAGCUGAUGGGAGGACAUCCAGAUGUCACUUCCACCUACAUAUCCUUGGCAUUCUCCUUUAUUUCUAACCUCCAGAAGGCAGUUACACCCUUGAAGACACGACAGGAAAAGAAGAUGUUAUUUUACCGUACCACCAUCAGAGAAUUGCAGGAAAAGGCUCCUGCAAUUGAUUGGCUGUCGUGCCUCAGGGCUGCUUUCUAUCCUGUACAGCUGAACAUCUCCCAGCCAAUUGUUGCGCAUGACAUGGAUUAUUUGAAAGGAAUGUCACAGCUGAUUGAACAGUGGCAGCAGAAAAGAGAUGUACUACAGAUCUACAUGAUACUCUGCCUGGUUAGAAAUCUGUCCCCGGCUCUAAGUAGGCAAUUCCAAGAAGCUCGCCAGGUACUGGCAGACAUCCUAGAGAGAGGAACAAGAGACUCAGAAAUGGUAAGAACUGAGCGUUGGAGAAAAUGCUUGAGUGAAACCGGCACAUUCUUUGGCCCUGUACUUGGGAGGAUGGUAGUGCAGAAGAUCUUCCCCCAGAAGGCCAAGGAUCUCGCUGAGAAGAUAUUCUCUGAGAUCCGAGAUACUAUCCACAACCACCUGGAUCACGUGGAAUGGAUGAGCCACCAGUCCCACCAAGAGGCCAAGGACAAACUGCAUAGUCUCCAAGUGGAGAUUGGUUACCCAGAAAACAUCCUCCAAACAGAUGAAGUAGAAGAUGAGUUUCUAGAGCUGGAGAUUCAAGAAGAUAAAUUUUUCUAUAAUGUGCUUGCUUGCCUGAAGUCUCUGCGGAAGAGGAUUUUGCUGAGGCUCAUUAAUCCCCAUCUACAGGAUGAAUGGGAAGUGGCCCCUUGGUCCGUACAUUCAUACUACUCGCUGCGGCGUCAUGCUGUUGUUUUCCCUGCUGGAAUGUUCCGCAACCCCUUCUUCAAUAUUGCAUUUCCCAGUGCUGUAAACUUUGGAGCGAUGGGUUUUUUCAUGGCACAUGAGCUGCUGCACUCCUUCUAUGAAUAUGUGUUGCCGAAGAACUGUUCUGUGUGCGAUGUGAGAACCCUGCCACAAGGCAUAAGCUGUCUUGUGAAACAGUUUGAGAGCUAUUCCCUGAAGGGCUACAGCAUCAACAGCACCUUCACCCUCCUGGAGAAUGCAGCUGACACCGGGGGACUUGCCAUCGCUUACCAGGCCUAUAAGAACUGGCAUGCAAAGCACAGAGGGGUAAAGGAGCUACCUUGGCCUGGGCUGUCACAUCGGCAACUCUUCUUCAUCAGCUUUGCCCAUGCAAUGUGUGGGCGCCAAAGCCUUGAGGGAUUGCAAGCCUUCGUGCACAGGGACCCACACAGCCCCCCGCCACUCCGUGUCCUCGGGUCCUUAAGAAACAGCCAGGAUUUCGCCAGGAACUUCCACUGUUCGAGUAAAUCUUCAAUGAAUCCUGUUCUAAAGUGUCGCAUCUGGUAAAACCACCUGAAGAGCACGCGUGGGACAGAGAGAGAAUGAAACAGUGGGGUAAUGCGGAUUGAGGGGCUUUAGCCAUGCUUCUUGCACAUGCUUCUUCCGUUCCUUCCCUUGGCAAGUCCUGCCUUUCCUUCCCUUCUUCCACCCAGAUGGUCAAGGUGGAAGAAAGUCCCAUCUCUCUGGUAAGAGGAAAGCCGAGAAGAUACAGAGAAGAUACUGCACUGCAGAGAUCUUUACAUCUUAACCUGGCCUUGUGGCCAACUUCAAUCGGGGUACGAAAGAUCAAGGGAUGAAUUUCUGGUUACUGGGUUUGGUGCUUCUGUUCUGAUCAGAGCUGAAACUGACAGCAAGAGACUUCUUGACAGCUAUAACAUGCAGUGAUGAGACACUAACAGACAAUGAAUGCCAAAGCAUGGUUGGUAUUAACUACAGAAUCACAACUAGAAUUGGGGUGUUAAACUUGUUGCUAGGUUGGCCCACUUUAUAAUGAAGCUGAGGGUUCAUACAGCUGAAGGAUCCUCCAUGACCAAAAAGAAAAAAGGAAUCCUUUCACAUAGAAAAUUAGAUUAUUACAUUGCACCUGUAGCCUGCCCUCCUUCACAGCAACAACCCUGUGGGGUAGGUUAGGCUGAGAGGCAGUGACUGGCCCAAAGUCACCCGGGAGGCUUUAAGGCUGAGUGGGGCUAAAACCCAGUUAUCCUGAGUCCCAGAGCAGCCCUCUUAACCACACUGACUCUCUAGAUGACAGGAAAAGAGUCCUGUCCUAUUUUGCCUUCCAUAUAUUAUUCAAGUUCGGGAAAAAUGUAUUCCAUGUUGUGAGGCCCCACCCGAAGUCUGAGGUGGCUGUGUUGAUUUCAGACUCAGGUUGUUUAUCUCUGUUGGAAAGAGGCCAUUAUUUGAUCUUCAGAUGCCCAAAGGGAAACUAAAGUUUAAAGCCCAUCUGCUUUGUUUUCUGCUCCUCAGCUUCAUAAGUCCUUUUCUGCUUCAAGACAAAAUAGUGGCCAUAGCUGUGGCUUUUCCAGUUUAAAGAUCACACCAAACCAUAGUUUGCACACACCAUGAUUUGAAAAUACAUUUCAAAUCAUGAUUUCUGAUCUGGUUUGCUGACUGAUCGCAAGCCAUGGUUUCUUAGUUUCAGCAGCAUACCAGACCAAUUAAAUUAUAGUUUCGCGUGAUAACAAGAGUUUAUCAUAAAUGAAUGUACAUUUUUUGCUAAAGAGGGGGGUUCUUUAUUUCAUAGAAUUCAUAUCAUGUAAUUCCAAGAUUAGUUUUGUGUAACCUGCGCCCCCGCCCCCGCAAGUCAAUAGCAAAGUGAUUGUGCUUUCUUCCUCUUUCCAUCAUCUGGAGACCUAACCCACAAGUGGCCUCAAGGCUCCAUCCAGCCUUCAAUGCAUACUUAACCUGGGCUGUGUUGAAACUCUGUCAGAUUUGAUGCAAGAUGUGGUUGAUGAAACUGCUCACAGUUUCUCUUAUAGGGAUAGUAUUUUUUAAUAUUUCAUAUACAUCCAGUCUCAAGUACAUUCUGGAAAAAGAUGCAGAGCAACUGCUAAUGGUUUCUCAAGGAGGUCUUUCAGGAAGCACAUUCUCUCUUCCUUUCUGCAGUCAAACAAGUUUUCCCAUGCAAGCUCAAUACAUAGAAGGGACUUAGUGUUAGGCCAGGCCAAGUGUUUGUGGAGGUAGGGUGGAGAUGGGCAUAGUGGCAUCUGGUGAAGGUGGAGGAUCGAAGCUAGAGACUCAGGGAGAGAGUCUGACUUUGCCUGGUGCCACAAGGGUGAAACUUGAUGGACACAUUGAGGAAGUAAAUAGCAAUUUUCUCAAACCCUUGAUUUGGCUUUUCACACAAAGAUUUUGAUGGUGAAAGACCCUGAGAAGAGGCCAAAGUCCUGAGUGUCCAGUUUAUCUCGCGAUCUUGCAACCAUAUUAGUAUAUGUGAAGAACAGUUGCCUCAAAGAACAACUGAGCUCUGCUGCUACAUGAUGUUCUUUGAUCUCCAACUAGUUUAGUUAGUUGAAAGUCCACUGCAAGAAAUCAGAAGCCAUCCUGAAAUUAAGCCACAGUUUAGUAUAUAUAAUGAGAGUGCUCUGAUCAAGAGAAGAAAAGUUCAAAACUUUGCUGAAGAAAAAUCUUUUCUAUCCUCUGCUACAGGACAGGUGAAAGAGAAGAGAGAUCGCUAUUCAUAUUCUUUAUUAUUUUAAUCUUGCCACAUCAGAAUGGGUGCUGAUUGGCUGCUUUCCUCCAAAAUAAAGUGGCAAGAGUGAGAAUACUUUUUAAAAACCACAUGAGUUUUUUCUACUGUUGUACAUGCUACCCACCCAAAUAUACAAUACAGUGAUUUCAGGAGGACAACCAAUGAAGAUGGUUCUGGCAUCACCUUUUAUUAGACAAAACUUUGAGUUUAAAAUACAUCCAAACUUUUUUUCAGAUCUGCAUCUCAAUGUUUUCUUGAAAACAGUAUAAUUAAGCAAAAGUGCUAAACAGAGCACUGCACAACUCAAGGACACAGCCCAAAGAGUCUUUUGCUGAGCAAGGGUGUAUAACUGUUGAGUAUAUUACCAUCACCAGAAUGUACAUUCCACCAUUCGAUCAGUAAAAUUUGCAGCUGGUCAGAGCAUUGAUUCUUCUCGUUGCUCUUCAGCUGCAGAGAUUGGAACAUAUCCCUUACAUGUCACAGGCACAGUCCACUGGGAAUUUCUCCUGCAGAAACCAUAUAGAAAGAAACAGGAGCUGUACAAAAGCACCGUUGUGCUUUUCUGAAGUUUUGCUUGUUUUAAAGCACGAUCCUAUGGCAGGGGGCAUAGGUGUAUCUGAAGCCCAAGCCCCAAGAUCAUUCAGUCUAGAAGCUGGGACUCUGAAGGGUGAGCCCAUGACCUAUCCUCCUUGCAGUGAGCAUGGAAAGAAUCACAGCUACUGCCUUCACCAAGGUCACAAAUGUACUUAAGGGGAGAGGAAGAGGUGUAGAGGUGAGAAGCCUGGGACUAAGGACUUAUGCCAAUUUCUGUCAGUAUUCCAGCCUUCUCCCCCCUCUCUCUCCCUGGCUAUCUAGAUAAAAAGCAGGACACAAGCCAAGAGAGAGGCAGGGACUGCUGCCACCACACCUCAUUUGGGGCAUAAAGAGGGCAUGCAAGCUUCUGAGUUUGGAGGGUUAUGUGGGUCAAGGAUGGGGGUGAUAGAACUGCACCUUUAGUGGGUUUGCGCAAAUGAAUUUCCCCAUGUAGUGUGCCACUUAUUUAUCAAUUUGACUGCAACCUGUGCAGUGAAGACUUUGUCCAACUCCCUUAAAGAACAAUUGUACUUUUUAAAAUUUCUGCUUUUAAAAGACAUAAAACUAGGUUAUAAUUGAUAGUGUUCAUUGAUACCAUCUUUAUGCCACUGUGACUAGCACAAUUAAUGAAAUGAACUAGUUUUAUCUAGUUUCUACAACAAGUGCUAAUCUUACUGUGUAACUCUGGGGCUGCUGUAAUGGCACCAUUGCAUUGUGUGCUCAUUUGUCUUUAAGGUAAAUAAAAGUCUUGAAUUUUA